CUCAGGAUAUCAAUUUCAGUAGAAUCAUUAAGAAAUACGCAGAAAGGAGGAAAGACAACUCCUUUGCUCUCAAAUAUAGAAAAUGGCUGAAGAGGGACAAGUGAUUGCUUGCCACACCGUUGAGGCCUGGACCGAGCAGCUCGAGAAGGGACAGCAGAGCAAGAAAUUGAUUGUGGUGGAUUUUACUGCUUCCUGGUGUGGGCCUUGUCGUUUCAUCAGUCCAGUUCUGGCGGAGUUGGCAAAGAAGUUGCCCCAUGUCACAUUCUUGAAGGUGGAUGUGGAUGAAUUGAGGACUGUUGCUGAAGAUUGGGCUGUUGAGGCAAUGCCAACUUUUAUGUUCUUGAAAGAAGGAAAAAUAAUUGACAAGGUUGUGGGUGCCAAGAAAGAGGAACUGCAGCAGACCAUUGCGAAGCAUGCCACUGAGGUGGCAGCAGCAUAGUAGAUGGAGCAUACCGAGUCUUUUAGGGGUAUUUAAAUAAUGCAUUCUCAUGGCAGUCUAGCUGUGGUCUUAUAGAUAUCUACAAGUAGUGUGUUUAUGUAUGUGACGAACAUCAAUCUUCAUAUUAGUGCUUGUUACGUGGUCAUAGAGGCUAUUCCUUCGGAUUUUUAAUCUUUUCUGUGGCAUUAGAAUGCUUACUGUAGAAGCAAGCUUUAUAUGUAUUAGACCUGUGUUGGUUGCAUAGUUGUGGCAACCAGGCCAGUCCCUUAUGAUGUUCUUUUCAAAACUUAGAGAAACUGAUAUUCUUUUAUCA